GGGGUUGAAGGCUCAACAGCAGAAGAGAUUUAUUCAAGUACUUAAUUCUUACGUUAAUUUUGCCUUAUGGUGAGGAGCAGGAGCCCAGGAUUGGCUCCCCAAUAGGCGUUCGGUUUACUUAACUUUUCUUGGAAUGCUUACACUUUAUUGUCAAAAACUAGACACUUUAUUGUGCUUUUGUCUCAUGGCUGUCGUUUUUCAAGGCACUGAGUUUUCAGAAUCCAGAUGCCGGAGAAAGAGGGAGUAUACAAAUCUCCAUGGCUGAAACUGUGGAGUCUUCGUUCGAGUCCUUGGCAUCAAUGGCCGCUUGGUUUGCUCACAGCUUUGGUUUUUGUUUGUAUGGUGGUUGUUUGGAGCAUAGAUGGCUUCACCGUUGAGAGCUGUAUACUGUCAUGGAGGUUCAAGGAAGGGUACAAAAUUAUGAAUAUUACACUCACCAAUUUCUCUCAAACACCACAAAUUCUUUCCCAGAACCUUCAAAAUCCCACUUUUAACAUUACCCAAGUUCCAGAUGAUUUGAACAAGAAUGAAGAAAAGACUACCCAGUUUGCCUCCAUCAUUUCAGAGAACAGCAUGUUCUUGCGAAAUGUCAAACAGAAUCAAACACACUUGUUAAAGUGGAUUUCAGCUGAAAUGGAGGCCAACUUCACAACAAAUCUUCUUGCUAGGUUGAAUGCUCCGGAAGGGGAGCCCUGUAGAAAUUCUCCCACAGUGGAGGUUGCUAUUCCUGGUUUGGAUGGUAAGGGUUCGGUGGAGUUAGCAGCUGGGGAAAUCUACGAGUUUGUUUUCCAAGCGCUUGACACAUCAGGUAAUGCACGCUGCUUGGGUGGAGAUUACUUCGAGACUGAUCUUUCAGGCGAAUCAUGGAAAUCUCGGCCACCAGUGAAAGAUUUUGGCAAUGGUUCUUACUCGUUUGCGCUACAGGUUCAUCCAGAUUUUGUCGGUUACUAUAAUCUUUCUUUAAUUUUGCUUUUUAGGCAUUUUGAGGGUCUGAAACUAUCCACAGACCAAUUUGCAUACGUUAAAGAGUUACGCCAUGUAGGAAUCAGGUUCUAUAAAACUAAUGCACUAUUGCCUGAGCUGAAAAUUUGUCAAAAAUCUGAUUUUAGUACAGAUGUUUGGUCCGGCCGGUGGACAAGACAUGGAAGGAAUGACAGUUGUCAAAUUAGUGAUGACGGUAGAUUCCGAUGCCUGCCACCGGAAUUUCCAUGUCAGAAUCCAUGGUGCACUGGUGCAUUAGGUGUAUUAGAGAGUAAUGGCUGGGUAUACUCUGCACAUUGUUCAUUCAUUUUGUUUACAGCUGAUUCUGCUUGGAAUUGCCUGAAGAAUCGGUGGAUUUUCUUCUGGGGUGAUUCGAAUCACCAGGACACAAUCAGGAACAUGCUGAAUUUCGUUUUGGAUCAGCCUGAAAUACGAUAUUUACCAAGGAGGUUUGAUUUGAACUACUCAAACCCAAAAGAUCCUUCUCAAACAGUUCGAAUCACGAACAUCUUCAACGGUCAUUGGAAUGAUUCAGACAAUUUAUUGGGGUUGGAAUCUUUGAAGAAUGCAGGUUUUAGGGAUUUAUUGAACAAGUACUUCUCAGAGGACACUGUCCCGGACACCGUCAUAAUGAACUCUGGAUUGCAUGAUGGGUUUCACUGGUCUAGUGUAAACUCAUUCUCUGAAGGGGCAGAGUAUGCAGCAUCAUUUUGGAAAGAAGUCGUGGAAUCAGUGAAGCUUAGAGGGUUGGCAAUGCCACAGAUUCUUUACCGGACCACAAUUGCAACCGGUGGAUAUGCACGAUCUUUGGCCGCUAAUCCUAGCAAGAUGGAGGCUUUUAAUGGUAUACUCUUGGAGAAAUUGAAACAAGUAGGGCUAGUUUCCGGCGUGAUCGACGACUUUGACAUGACUUUUCCGUGGCAUUUUGAUAACCGGUGUAACGAGGGACAACAUUAUGGUAGGGCUCCGGUGAAGGCCGUAUGGGCAGAUGGCAAGAUUGGACACCAGUAUUUUGUUGAUCUCAUGUUGGGCCAUGUCCUGUUGAAUGCUCUGUGUGUAAGAUGACGCAGACAAGUGCUUGUAGGAAAUGUUCACGGGGCUCAAUUAUAUUGCUUCUUUUCUUUAGUUUGAUUCUGGUGUCGGAUUUGAAUAUUUGUACUACUAAUAUCUAAUCAUAAAUCACAAAUCACAAUAAUAACUUUCUAUCAAC